AUGACCAACCCAAUCGCCGAGAGUGAAUUCCCCGACGAAACCCUAAACCCUAGCGUCACCGAACAAUGCCAAUCACAGGAACCACCACCGCUGCAAAAAUCACCAUCCACCGAUCCGCAAUCUCCCCAAACCGAAACCCUAACUCUACCCCAUCCUGAUCCUCAAUCCCCCAACCCUAACCAAAAUCAUGAUUCUAUAAUACCUGACCCGAUCCUCAUCGUCACCGUCGAUGACACGGAGCCCGAAGAUUCGAAGCCCAACGCCCUCGGCGCUGCCAUAGGAGGAGGCGGCGGCGGCAACAGCCGACGCGCAACAAAGAAGAAGAAAAUGGGUCCGAAGAGAACGGCACAGGAGAGAAAGUCUCGCGAGAAACUUCGUGUUAUCGCCGAAACCCUAAAACCCAUUCCCUUCACGCCUGGGAAAACCCUCGACUUCGAGAAACACCAGAGCCUAUUGGAGCGUCUCGGGUUGUGGGAUUUCGUCCAUGUCGAGUUCGAUUCGCCGCUCCGCGCUGAUCUCCUAGCGCAGCUCAUCGCGAGCUACGUCCCCAGCAAUCGGUGCAGCUACGUCAACGGCGUUAGGAUCAAUGUCAACCGCGCCGAUCUCGGCCGUGCCCUGAAGCUGCCGAAGAAGACCGUUGGCGCCGUUGCGGCCGCUGCUGCGGUCGCUGAUUCGCUUGACUUUGCGGAGUCUAUUGCGUUUGUUGAGGAGGUAGUGUAUAAUUGGAUGCUUUUGCCUAAUGAUUCUUGUAUGAUAUCUGGCGAUGUUUUCUUGUGGUUGAAUUUGAUCAAGGAGGGAAAUUUCGAGAAGGUUGAUUGGGCGGGAUUAAUAUGGUUUAUGGUGGAGAAGGAAUUGAGGGCGCCGCAGUUGGUGAGUUGUUAUUACGCUUCGCAUUUGCAGCAUUUGAUAAAGACGCAGCAUGAGGAGUUGUUGGAGGAGGGGGUUGAGGUAGUGGUGGAGGAGAAUGAGGUGAAGGAGGAAGGAGAUGAGGAGGAAGAAGAUGAGGAGGGGGUAAAGGAGGACGUGGAUGGGAGUGGGGAUGUUCAGAUGGGUGAAGUUGAUGAGGGGCAGGUUCGGGACUUAGGGGGGCAGGUUCAGGAAUUGGAGGGGCAGGUUCAGGAAUUGGAGGAGCACCACAUCGAGUUGAGUCUUGGGCAAGACAAUAAUGUUGAGAAGGUUGAAGUGGAGAAGGAGCAGGAGCAGGGUGGAGAGGAGCAAAUGAUGGAUUUUGAGCAGGUUAAGGACGUGGAAGAGCCUGGGAUGUGGCUUUUGGAUCAGAAGAACUGUAUGGGAGAUCCAUUUCUGCGGCCUUGUCAUGGUGGUGAUGUGAAGGGUGUGAACUGUGAACAACUGAUAGAGGACGAGGGAGAAGAUGGGAACCAAGAAGAGGAAGGGGAGGAAGAGGAAGAGGAGGAGGAUGCAGAAGAGGAUGAGCAUGAUGGUGGAUUCCAUCUCUCGCCAAAAUGUAUUCCUAUGGAGGGGAUGACUUCUGGGAAUGGUAGUCUCGCCCAAGUGAUGGAUGCCGGACAGUUGCCUUUUGGUUCUGGGAUUGAUCUUCGUGACACUCCAGUAGGGGAUUUUCUGUCAUCUAGGGACGAGCAUCAGAUGAUUUCUGGUUCAUCACUUUUUGGUAAUGGUCACAAGAGAGACAACCUUGCCCUGGAUAAUCAUAACUCUCAUCAUUCUUUGAAUGGCAGUAAUAAGAGGCUGAGAAGUGAUAGCCCGUGGAAUACUAAACCAAUGGACUUCGAAACAUGCAUGGAACAGUUGGAACAUUGGAUGGGGAAAGCUAGAAUGAUGUAUGCCACAAAAGAUCAGGCUUGCGAAGAAUCUUCAAUGAAUCAGCAACUCUUAAUGAAUGAGCUACAGAAGCGAGAUAACUUGAUUGAACAUUUGCAUAAAGCAAAGUUUGAAGAGACUCAGAAAAGACAGAUGGAGGUAUAUAGGUUUGAGAAGGAGCUUUAUAUGAUGCAAAGCCUUGUCGAUGGAUAUAGAAAAGCCUUGAAAGAAACACGAAAGGCUUUUGCUGAAUAUAGAGCACGCUGUCCUCAAGGUAAUGAACCACUUUACGCCGAUGUUCCUGGGUCUGGGGGCCUUGUUUUGACUGUGAUGGAGGUGGAAAAGGAACGUCUGAAGAAGGAAGCAGAAGAAAGGGCGAAGUUGAGAGAUUUUAUGUUAGAGUUUGAAAAGAAGUCUGCUGAUUUUGAAUCCACAUGGUUUGGUAAAUUUGAAGCUUAUUUGAGUACAAUUGAAUCCCUACAUAAGAAGUUGUUGGCUUUGGAGGACCAAAUGAAACAUUUGAAUGAAGUGAAUGCUAAUCGCAAGGUUUCUGAUCCAAUUAAAUGUGCUCCAACAACUGAAGGAGAAACUGCUUCGUAA